CGAUCACCUCAGCCGGCUAUAGGUCUCGGCGGCGGCCAAGAAUAUAAACGUUGACUUUUUGUUUUCACUUUCUUUGAUCUUUAAUUCAGGUGUGACGAUGCAGACGACUUGUCGAGCUAAUCUAGCAAUGAAUGAACGAGGAACCAUUCGAAGAUCUGGAGAAGAUUGGAUAAGCUUCUUACCCGAUCCUUUGCUGUGUCAGAUACUCUCCGAUCUUCCUACAAAGAAUGCUGUUACUACUAGUGUCUUGUCCAAGAGAUGGAGGAAUCUCUGGCUUUUGAUUCCAGUCUUGGAUCUUGAUAUUGAUGACUUCCCUGACUACACUACCUUCACCAGCUUAGACUUCUCCAAGGAGUCGUGUUUACACAGCCUCAACCUUGCUUUCAAGAGACAAGAUGAUGGUGAUCCGUCUUUGCUCGCGUCGUGGAUCGAAACCGCAGUUUUGCGUAAGAUCCAACAUCUUGAAGUUGACUGUCGUAUGAGUUUCAUGAGUGAGACGACCCCUCUAAGCCUUUACUUAUGCGAGACUUUGGUUUCAUUAAGACUCUAUUUCGUUGCGUUGCCUAGCUUCGAGUCUUUAUCUUUACCUAAUCUCAAGGUAAUGCAUAUGGAAGAGAAUCUAUACGCUGACGACGAGAUUCUCGAGAAGCUCGUCUCCUCCUGCCCGGUUCUUGAAUCUUUAACGGUCGUUAGAAACGUAGAUGAAACUGUGAAGGUUCUACGUGUUUGGUCUAAAACACUGAACAGUCUCAAACUAGUUCUUGAUAGUUCCAAGUCUUGGUAUAAUGAUGAUAGUAACGACUGGGAGGUUUUGAUUGAUGCUCCUAGACUUAACUAUCUGAGUCUUGAAGAUGACCAGUCGGUAAGUUUUGUAAUAAGCAAUGUGGCUUCAUCUGCAAAGGUAGAGAUUGAUGUAAGUUUCAAUGUGAAUGAUAUUUGGGAUAUGGAUGAGUCAAUGGAGAGAUUCAGUGCUGUUGGUAAAAUGCUCAACGGGCUCUCUAGUGCAAGGGACAUGACUAUUAGUGGAACAACCUUGAAGAUCAUCUCUCACUACAUGAGUUUCGAACCGGUUCCUUGUUUUCCCAACAUGAUCCGGUUACAAACAAAACUGUAUAUGACUGAUAUGUUGCCAAAUUUUCUUGAGAGCUUUCCGAAUCUCCAAUCCCUUGUCUUGAAGCUGAAAGGUGUAAGAUAUUCGGAUACAAUGUGGUUCUCAUUCGUACCAAAGUGUUUGCAAACGAGCCUCGAGUAUGUUGAGAUGACAAGACCAAACUGUGGAGCUGGGAUUGAGAUGAUCAGGAAGCUAGUUAAGUACUUGCUUGAGAACUCCGUAGUCCUCAAGAAGUUUACGCUGCGGUUGGAAUGUGAAGGAAAAGAGCAAGAGUCUAACGUCGUUAAGGAACUCAUGAGAUUCAGGAGAUGUUCUAGUUCUUGUGUUAUUAAUGUUGUUAGACUUGAAGACGAUGUUUGUAUUUUUCAACACCCUUAACCAGUAGUAGCAUACCAAGUUAUUUAUCA